UUCUCUGCCAAAUUCCUUCCCCAAACAAAUUAUUUUAUCAGGUUGCCUAAGUAAAUCAAAUAGCUUUUUGUGGUUUAGAAGAAUUUCACCUUAGACCUUUCACCACCAACCUAUAAGCUUUCUUUUUUCUCUCACCCCAUUUUUCUCUUUUUCCUUCUCGGUAAUUUAGUACUUAAAAGUGACACCAACCUGUACUUUUGAGUUCAAGUGUGGCUGAAAAGCAUUACAUUCUUCCCUCAUUCAGAAAGAAAUACUCUAGCCUAAACAACAACGCCAUCAAAGGAGAAAUAACAAAAUGCUGUCAUUCAAGGUACUGAUUUUGGCUGUUUUGAUUUCAACUGUGUUGGCUGGACAAUGGAAUAGCAUUUGCGCUGGAAAUCCUUCUAAUGUUGUCAGAGGCUGUGAUAAACAUGGGUGUGGAAACUAUAAUGCUAGGAGAGGCCAAAGAACACAUCAAGGAGUGGACAUAGAGUGUACAGAUGGAUCUACUGUGUAUGCCCCCUUCACUGGAACAAUUAUUCGUCAAGUGAAACCUUAUAGCAAAAAAAAUGAAAUUAAUAAUGGUGUACAAAUAACUGGAGGAGGUUUCUGUGUCAAAAUAUUCUACAUAAAGCCAGUUAAAUAUAGAGGUCCUAUCAAGAAGGGAGAAAAACUUGGUAUUCUUUUGCCCAUGCAGAAAGUUUAUCCUUUCAUUCAAUCACACAUACACAUUCAAAACUGUGACCUGAGUGACCCCACUGUUUAUUUGUAAAUGGAAAAAUGAAGAUUAACUUUUUUAACAAUAACAACAUAAGCAUAUUAAACUCCUCUCUAUAAUCUGCUUGUUUUCCACUGAAAUCAUGGUCAUAGUACAUCAACUUUCGCUUGAUGAUGUUAGGUGUGUGGGAUGAAAUUCAGUUGUAAUAGCUUGUAACCCCAAUUUUCAAAAACCCUUGGUAUUACUAUUCCUUAGAGUAGAACUGCCCCUCUCCACCCCAUAAAACUUUUAGUUUUCCUGAUCUAUUUACAAAAAUCUUGAGAAGAGUUUAUCUGUACACUGGGAAGAAAGCCAAACUAUUAAGAUAAGCUGAAGGAGGGAAAGUACAGUGAAUUUCAAAAGUAUGAUUAUGGUCCUCAGGUUGGGAAUCCCAUGAUCGUCAUAGGUUUUCUUGAUCUUGGGGCUCUUUAGGGGUAUGUAAUGUUGAAAAUCACACACUUAAGAGGUGAAACACUACAUUCCCCCCCCCCCCCCACGUCUGUGGGAUUGGGCAGAAGGGAAGAAGAGAAUUUUGCAUCAGGAUUAUUAUAAAAGUCUGUGAUUGUAUCAAGAAGAAGAGAAGAAGAGAGGACAUUUUUGCCCCAGCAAGUCUCUUGUGUGGGCAGAAUCUCUUUCCUUCCCUUCCCUUUCCCUCCCCUCCCCUUUCUCCCAUCCUUCCCUGCUGUUCGCUUUUUUUCCCAAA